CAGAAGAAUUAUACUUCAGGCGGAACUGUUCAGAGCGUAUCGCUGUUUUCACACGGACCACAAGUGUUCCCAGACAUGGCAACUUGCACGCGGACUGUGUGGAAAGUUUUAGCAGGAUGUCGGAGGCAGCUGCUGAACGCCAGCGGUCCCACCUACACGGGUGUCUCACAAACUGCACAGAGGAAUCUCCCCGUCAGGACUUUUGCAGCCGUCAGGACACUAAAGAAAGACAAGAAAGAGGAGCCAGAGAAGGAGGAGAAGAAAGAGAAGAGGGUGAUCGAUGACUCGAACAGACACAAGCCUUAUGGCAAGACAGCGUGGGCCCCUGUGGAUGACGUGUACAUUAUCAGGCACUACCCCAGGACCGUCUACGACGUAUCAGACACCAUCGACAUGUUGAAGAACUUCCAGGUGUUGGACUUCACCCCCCGCAGUCAGCCUGUUUACAUCGAUCUGAAGCUAGACAUGAAACUGGAGAAAAAGAGAAGAGUUGACCCCUUCGUCAGCACCGUGCAUUUACCUUACCCCAUAAAGACGCAGAUGAACAAAGUUUUAGUUUUCACCGAGGAUGCUAAUCAAGCUAAAGUCGCCCAGGAGAGCGGGGCCAUGUUUGUUGGAGGAGCAGAGCUCAUUCAGCCGAUCUUAGAUGACGAGAUUUCCGCAGACUUCUACAUAGCAGUUCCAGAUAUGCUGCCCAAGAUUUUACCGCUGAAAAACAAACUGAGGAAGAAGUUUCCAAAAAACAAGAGAGGUUCAGUCGGCACCAACAUUCCCAAGAUGCUGGACUUGUUUAAAACCGGUCAUGAAUACAUGGUGGAGAGCGACUGCUACGUCAGGACCCAGAUAGCCAUGCUCGACAUGCCCAAAGAACACAUCUUCUCCAACCUGCAGACCGUCCUGAUUGACGUGUGCUCCCACCGGCCGGCCGACAUGGGACCUUUCAUCGAGCGAGCGAUCAUCGCCAGUCACACCAGUGAAGCUCUGUGGUUCAAGAGUGGAGACGUCUUACCCAAACCAGCAGAGAAGAAGCAGGAGGAAUGAGUCGUCUUUUAGAUUGUAUAUAAUCAAUGUGCUGAAUAAAGUAUUUGUUCUGAGUUUG